GGAGACGGAGACACCGGGGGGGCCACAUGGCAACAUCACCGCCAGGUGCUUGGGCCAUCAAGGUUGAAACACCCGAAGCAGAUUCAUUUUCGCCUCCCGUCACAAGCAGACCGUCCACUAUGUGUGUGUCAGCGAAAAUAGCUAAUUAACCAGAGUUAUGUACUAAACUAGUGGACGACCCUGCCUUUGCGCGGGAAAGAAUGCUGAACCAGAUUAGGUGAAGAUAGCGGCCGAAAGCAGGUGGCGGAAACGAGAGGAAAAUAGGGAUCCGAAACCAAGAAUCAAAAUAGAUGCAGUAAUGUACUGUGUGUAAAAGAUGGGGAGACAACAGGAGAAGGCCAUCUGUUUCAACAACGGAGGUGAUGCAUCCAAAGCAAGACGCUGAAUGGCUGUCAGACAAUGCAGUAGGUCAGGUCUAAGCCUCCCAGACAAUCGGGAAUUAGUCAAGGUCAACCCCGGCUGCCUUUUCAAUUCCCCGUCCGUCACCUUCUCCAAACUUGAAAAUGCGGUCUUUCCCAAGUCUAUCGACAUUUUACAACUUCAUACUCCGUAUCAGAAUCAUUCUCACCAGAAGAGAACCAAAUUACCCCUUGAACGCCGGAAUAAGAGCAUUCAAGCGAAGUGCCACAGUGAAUCUAGCCCGCGAGAUCAGGGCGGUGGCGGAGGGUGGGUUGUCAACGGACAGACAAGCCUCCCUCAAACUCUCUUUUCUCUCUCUCUUUCUCUCGCUCUCGCUCUUCCUCUGCGGCAGGCUCAGAGAAGAGAAAGUCUGGACGGGGUCUGCGGAAUCCUCAACCCAAACUUUGACGGGAACGUAAACAUGGUUCCGCAUUGCUCUCUUGAUAUCUCUCUCCUAAAUCUCAGGCUCGACAUUGGUUGGGAGGCCUUUCCCCGCCUUCACGUAUUGGGUAACUUGCUACUUUGGUAACUACGGAGGGAUACGGCUUGGUUGCUUGGUAACUUGGUUGGUUGAAUAGUGUAUAUGUAGGUACAUCAUGGAUAGUUACUCCGUAUACCUUUUCAACUACCUUACUAGUCGAAAG